AUGGCUCCCCGCAAGAGCAAGGCAGAUGCGGCAGGCGGGACUGAUGAUGCUGCCAUGGUACUCGACUACCUUCGCAGACAGAAGUGCGUAUGUCUACUCUUGAUCCGCUGGAUUCUGGCUGACCUGGAGUCGGCGCAGUCGUCCUUACUCGGUGCGCCUGAGGCUCCCCAUGCCCUUUACCAUAUAUUGACUGAUACAACUACUUUCCAGGCCAUUGAGGUCUCGGCAAAUCUGCACAAUAAAGUCAGCAAAGCGCAAGCUGCCAAGCACCUCCAGAAACUGCAUCAAGACGGGCAGAUUGAAGGACGCGUUUCCGGCAAGCAAACUGUCUAUCAUACUCUGCAGGAUACGUCCGAUACUUCCAUCGCCGAUACACUCGCUUCGCUGGAACAGGAGAAGAAUCAGCUUCAAGAGGAGCUUCACGCUCUCAAAGCGACCGAGAAAGAGGCCCGCGCGGGGCUGGCAGCCUUCGAGGCACGACCCCGGUUGACCGGGAUCCGUCACGGCAUCCUCCAGCUUGAAAACGAACGAGACGCCAUCCAAGCUCGACUGGCCGAGCUGGACGGCGCCGAUGCGGUCCAGGUUUCGCUCGCCGAACGGGAAGCGCUCGAUCAGGAAUGGAACCGCUGGCAACAACAUGCCGCGGUGCGUCGUCGCAUUUGUCGCGAGCUGUGGGGAAUCUGCUCGGAGGUGCUGCCGGAGGGGAUGACUGCGCCGGAGCUGUGGGUGUCGGCCUCUCGCCAGGAACCUGCGGGCUCAAAUCGUCCCGACAUGCGAGGUCGCGCGCUUCCUGUGCCUUCCGGGCAGCCUGUCCAGAAUGGUCACUCGCGCAACCCCUCGGGCCUCGACAUGGCUCGCAGCCCGCCCAACCCCGGCAACAAGAACACCAAACAUGUUCCCUGCAAAUUCUUCCGCCAGGGUGCCUGUCAGGCCGGCCCCGCCUGUCCUUUCUUACAUUCAACCGACUCGGCCGUGGACUAUGCUCCAUGCAAAUACUUUACAAAGGGCAACUGCAAGUUCGGCGCAAAGUGUGCACUGGCGCACAUCCUCCCCGAUGGUCGUCGGGUCAAUCGUCCGACUGGAGGCAUGAGCAUGGGCGGCAGCCAUCUGAACCUUGGUGGCCGAGUCAAUCCGCAGACGUACGUCAACCAAGACUCCGCCUUAACCAACUCCGUCCUCUCGCAGCAACGUAUGAACGGCCACGAGCCUCGAUAUGCCCAGCAGGAGGACUUUCCAGCCUUGCAUGGACAGCAACAGCCCAACUAUGAUACGAUCCCCACGAUUGAUGCCGGGUUGGCCUCGGACCCAGGCUCCAAGUAUGGCUCACCGGUGGACGAUGUUCGAUUCCCCAUGUCGCCGAAUCACCACCAUCUGACAGCCCUGGAUGCACCACUCCCAGCCUCAUUCGACAGCCAAGGGAUCUCACAUGCCGCCCGCUAUGGUCCAGUAGCGGCCUCCGUUCCCUCGAAAUUCGGCGUCGAGCUGUCUCCACCGGCACAGCGGCCCGCAUUCGUCCAACAUCGGAUCAUCCCCCCUGCUCCUGAUGACACCAUUGGACCCCGGUUCCUGCACUCGUCCCGCCCCGUUAAACCACGCAUGCUCUCCGCGUCCGUCCCUCGACCCGCUGCCCUCGAUGACUGGGCGGAGGGCGAUUUCCCCAUGGAGGAGGACUAUCUGCCAAUUAACCUGCAUGAUGAUGUCCUCACACCACAGGAGAAGUUGCGUCGACUCUCGCGGACAGACCAUGACUUGAGUUCGAGCCACCGCGACAUGAGUGGCCUGGGCAUGACCAGCUCCAGUUUCUCGAAGAACGGCUCACCCUUGGCUUCCAGCCCGUCUCGAUUUGGUGCGCUGUUCGCCAAGCAGCGUCAAAAGAAAGAAGACGAUACCCACGUUUCCUCAUACCCGCACAUUGGUUCUCCGCUGCGUGAAUCGUCUUUGAACCCCAUUGGCAGUCCUAGCCUGGGUCCCAUUGGCAGCCGUACAUCCCACGACGGCUCACCAUUUGUCUCCAGCCCUGGCCGCCAAUCGUCGAUGUCUAUGAUUUCCGAGCAGCUCAGCGGCAUGUCUCUCCACCCAGGCCCUGUCCGGCACUCUUCCGGCAAUGGACCAAGCAGCAGUGGCCGCCUGGACCGUUCCAUGGCCUCUCCGUUACCCACAAGCAAGAUCGACGAAGAGGAGCAGAGCGACUUGGUCUUCUCCAUGGAGGAAGAGGAGGGCAACAAGCGGAACAGUGCAUCCUGGAACUCUGAUACCAAGGAAGAUUCCGCCGCUUAA